CCGUGACGUGUGUGUGCUGGUCAGCUGACAGUGAGAUCAGCAUAAAGACUCAUUACGCCACACAGACGAGAUCGAAAACAUCAGAGAGAAGCCGAUUAUCAACCCAUCAUGUUUCUCACGCUUCUGUUUAUCUCCACUGCGGUGGCAACUCCCCUGCUGGGUACUGAGCAGUGUGCCCGCGGUACUCCCUACUGGUGCCAGAACGUCAAGACUGCUUCACUUUGCGGGGCGUUUCAACACUGCCAACAGAAUGUAUGGAACAAGCCUCAGAUGAAAUCUGUGCCGUGUGAUCUGUGCAAAGAGGUGAUUGUGGUGGUGGAGCAACUAUUGAAGGACAAUGGCACAGAGAUUGAAAUCCUUGUAUACAUGGAGAAGGCCUGUCAGCUGAUCCCUGAUGAGGGCCUAGCCGGACAGUGCCAGGAGAUUGUAGACAACUACUUUCCCAUUCUCAUGGGCAUCAUCCAAGGAGAGCUGGAUGACCCUGGUGUGGUGUGCGGUGCUCUGGGCCUGUGUGUGUCCCAGCAGGCAGCUCUGGCCAAAGCUCUACUCAUGUCUAAUGAGAUCCCUCAAGUGGACCUGACACAGCGCGUCAACCCCUUACUGCUCAACAUCCCUCAGCUGCUCUACCCCAAAGAGAACGCCAAAGACGAGACCCCCAAACAGAUGAGCGGAGAUGUGUGUCAGGACUGCGUUACAUUAAUUACUGACACUCAGGAACAGGCCAAAACCAACUCCUCAUUUGUCAACUCUCUGCUGGCUCAACUGGAGAACCAGUGUGAGCUCCUGGGAUCUGUCAUGUCUGAUACAUGCAAGCAGUACAUCAAACGGUAUGGUCCCCUAGUCAUUCAACAGCUAAUGUCUAUGCAACCCAAGGACAUCUGCUUUAAUGCUGGUUUCUGCCCUAAUGGACCCAAGCCCGUGCGCAUGCAGAAGUUGGUGCCUGCCAAAUCCAUCCCUGCUGUCAAGAUGUUCCCUGCAACUAAACUUGAAACGCCUAUCAUUGGCAAGCCUGCUAAGAAGAUGAUACGUGUGCGUGACUCCCCGCAGUGUGCCAUUUGUGAGUAUGUGAUAAAGGAGGUUGAAGCAAUGGUCGAGGGUCAAUCAUCUGAGCAAGAGAUUAUGCAGGUUGUGGAGAAGGUCUGCGACAUUUUGCCCUCCACACUCACAGCUCAGUGCAAGGACCUGAUUGAGGCCUAUGGACAGGCCAUCAUUGAGCUGCUCGUGCAGGAGGCCGACCCCAAAACCAUCUGCACAUUCCUCGGGCUCUGCACUGAGACCAGCCGCACCUUUAUCCCUGAAAUGGAGAUGGCCAAGUUUCAGAAUGGCGGUUUCUGUGACGUGUGUAAGAUGGCUGUGCGUUAUGUGGAUGGGAUCCUGGAGCAGAACGCCACUCAGGCAGAUAUCGAGGAUGCCGUGAGGAAGGUCUGCAAAUUCCUGCCUGAUGCAGUCAGAGAUGAGUGUGAUCAGCUCAUUCAGCAGUACGAACCUCUGCUGGUACAGCUGCUGCUCCAGGCGCUCGACCCUGACUUCGUCUGCAUGAAGCUGGGAGCUUGUCCUGAGGUAGUGCAGAGGCUGCUGGGACUGGAGCAGUGCAGCUGGGGUCCUGCAUACUGGUGUAAGAAUGUGGAGACUGCUGCACGCUGUAAUGCAAUGGACCACUGCAGACGCCAUGUGUGGAGUUAAAGGUCAUUCGGAGCAUUCCAGGACAAUCUAGGGAAACUAAAGGAGAAAUGCUGUAGCGCUGCUUUUCUGUUUUGAAAUUGAUACUUUUUUCAUUUUAAGUGACCGAUUUUAAAUUUAAUGAUGCCACUGCCAAUUUAACAGCCUUUUACUGAAAUUUCUUUUUUUGAGGGGGCAGGGGUUUGUAGGGAGGUACGACUGAUUGGUAUAGAUACGUGUGUAUAUAGGUGUAGGGGAAUACUUGCACUGAACCGUACUUUUAAAGAGAGAUCCCAUCUAGAAAAAAACAAAUUUUAAAGUUCUAUUAGCUGUACAAUGUUCCUUCAAAUAUGCACAUAGCAUUUGAGUCUUGGGAGGGAAAUUUAAAUGGAAAUAGCUAGUGCCUUUGACAGAUUGGAGGGGGUUUGAGACCUCUGAGAACGAAGAUGAAAUGUAUAGGACUUAUGACCCCUAAUAUCUCUGGCUCACAGUAACUACGUAAACAAGCACCUGCAAGGUCAGUGUUGUGAUUUAAAACUUGUUUUUAAUAGUGACCUUUGGAUCCUAAUGGAAGUUAAUUCUUGAACAUUUGUCGUUUUCUCUCUUUUUUUUUUAACACUUGAAAUUAAACCCAUUCACUGUUUUAAUUGAUUUGUUUUUGAUUCUUUUGAUUAAGUUUUUGCGAAGACUUUGUUGCAAUGGUCUGAUUCUGGAGGUGAAAAUCCCAUUCAUUUUCCUCAGAGUAAUAGAUCUUUAAAAACAACGAAUACAAUAUAAAAAAAAGUUGUAGAAUCUGUUUGUGUACAUUUUCAGUGUUACCAGGAACAUGAUAAGAGUUGGAUUGCCACAAUUAACAUCCAGUUGCAAGAAGCUUUGUGAAUUAAAUGUUUUGUAAAAAUAAAGACCUGUAUAAAAUAA